GUUCAAUAACAAGAUUUUCACACAAACGUUUUCGACUGGGAAAAAAGUAUUGUGUUGUGUCAGUGAGGAAAAGGAAUUGGAAAACUAGAACAAUGAAGAAGCUUGCGAGAAAAUUACGGAAUUCAGAAGACCAAAACUUCUCUCUUCCGAUUCACGACGAAGACUCUCGUCCCUUGGACUCUCAAGAGCAAGAAGAGUUGGUUCGCUCUUUAGAAAGGAGUCAAGCUCAGCAGAGUCGCUUGUGGAGGACGGUAUUUGCGACUCUAUUCUUCUGUUAUAUCAUGUUUCUUUUGUAUUCGAUCUUCCACCAGGCUUCAUCACCAUGGGAACUGCGGUAUCAUGCUUACUUCAUGGAGGAGAUCAAAUCAUGGAUUAUUAUAUCUGCAGAGUGGGUGGCUGUUUUAGCGUGCUCAUUUGCCAUUAUAGGACUGUUUCAUGAGUCAAUUCUUCGUAGGAGAUGGAUCCAGUACUCGUGGUAUAUUGGCAUUAUUCUGGCAGUUUUCUGGUUAUAUUACCUGUUAAGGUUGCCAAAAUUUCAUUGGGAUGUUAUCUGGCUGCCAUUUGGCCCUCCUUGUGCAGCUGCAAUCUGCCUCUAUGUAGAUCAUUUACUAACCGAGUCAUCAGAAGAGGUAAGAAAGCUUCGUGGAUACAUGUAUACCUACAAAGCAAGCUAGAAUGAUGUUCUGCAUAGGUGAUGGAGGAAUGGACAUGAGAAGCAUGUUGGAGCCGAAUGACCAGAUAAACUGUGAAGUAUUUUCAAUCUUUCAUAUGGAUUGACCCAUCAACAGCACAGAAAGGUGAUGAUUUCUUUAAUGGAUUCGGCUACUCUUUCAUAUUUUCUUUGGUUGGAUAAAAGCAGUUGAUGAAGAGAACGUUCACCGGAUUAGAGACCGGAAAAUAGGAGUUUAAGGUGACAUUUAGAGGAAAGGGCAUUGUUUUUGUAAGAAUGAGUUAGUAAUGAUUUUAGAUCCUGUGUUUGCGAGUAGUUUUGCAUGGUUAACUGCUUAAAUCACUUCUCUGUCAAUAUUUUGGCGUAUUUUUUAGU